AGGAAUGUACAAGGGAUUAAUAUUAGAAAAGCCAAGCAUUAUCGUCACAAAACCAGAAAUAUGUAGGAAAAUCUUGUUAGAUGAUGAAAAUUUUGACAGACAUAUGCCUAAAACAAGCUUAAAUGUACUGGGACAAGAACCUCCAUCAAAUCAAGAAGAGAAAAGGCGUCGAAUGAGAAGUAAUCCUAUACAGAGUCAUGGCGGAGCAUUGUCUUUCCAAUUGGAUAUUAUAAACGAAACUGUGAAAAAUUCAUUUGAGAAAUGGGCUUCAAUGGAAAAACCCAUUGAGUUUCUCACUGAGAUGAAAAAAACUACAUUUGAGGUACUAAUGAGAAUUCUUGUAGGUGAUGAGGUUGCUCAAGAUUUACUUGACGUUGUUUUUAAGGAGAAUACUUUCCUUAUUCGUGGUUUUCUCAGCAUCCCUAUUAAUAUCCCCGGAUUUGAUUACAAUAGAGCAAACAAGGCUCGAGGAGCAAUAGUUAAGAUAUUUUAUCAGAUAAUAGAGGAAAGAAAAGCCAUGAUUGCAAAAAAUAAAGCAAUGCUAAAGUCCAGCAUACUGGAUACGAUGCUAGACAGUAGUCAAGAUGAUGAGAAUAUAAUUACCACGCUAGUUUCGGUUACAUUUGCUGGUUAUGAAUUUACUGCUGAGGUUGCGGCAAAAGCAAUUAUGUAUUUGGAAAAACAUCCUGACUUCUUGCAUAAAGCAAAAGAGGAACAAGAGGAUAUAAUUAAGAAAAGACCAUCUUCAAAUGCAGGCCUUAAUAUAGAAGAGAUUAGAAAAAAGAAGUAUCUUACGAAGGUGAUUAAUGAAACACUGCGUUGUGCUAGCGUAUCAUCAUUGCUCCUUCGAGAUGCAAAAACUACUGUUAACAUAAAUGGGUACGCCAUACCCAAGGGAUGAAGGUUUUUGGUAUUGUCAAGAAGUAUUCAUAUGGAUCCUGAUACUUAUGUGAAACCUAAGGAAUUCAAUCCUUCA